AUGAGAGAGGAAAAGGUAUCGGUUGAAGAACGUAAAUAUGAGGAAAUACAGGAUGAGCCGUUAGAUUUAAGGAUAGUGAGAAGUUGUGAUAAAGAGGUUAUUGAUAAGCAAGAGCAGAAGCGCGAGGAGAUAAGGGUGAAUGAAGAAAUAGUAUUAGGAGGAGAAGGGGAGAAGGUGUUGAAAAGGCCAAGCAGUUGUGAGGAGGGCAGUGAUAGUGGUUCAAAGAGGUUAAGAGGGUCAACAACAGAAUAUAAGAAAGAGCAGUAUGAGUCAUCAUCAUCAGAAACAGAAUCGGACGACUCAGAUUCAGACAGCGAGGAAGAGAGGAUUGCAGCAAGAGAGAAGAGAUUUACUGAGAUUUUGGGUGAGAUGGUGCGGAAGACAGGAGAGAUAGUUGGGGGACAGGUGCUGGAGAAUGCGAAGUUGAUCAACAAGCUACAGAAGUCGGUCGAUAUGAUGAGAAAAGAAAUCGCAGAGUUGAGAGAGGAGAGAAGGUCGGAGAGAAGAAGGGCAGGGGAAGGUGAGAAAGAAAAUAGAGUGGAAACCGAAAAGAAUUCAGAGAGGUGUACGCAGAAUGGAAAGCGGGAAGAACGGAAGAGACUAGAGGAGAGUAGUGGUAGAAGAGGAGAUUUUUAUAGAGGAAACCAGAGACAGUUAUGCAGCGAAUCAAAUGACGGAAAGAGGGGUUGGAGGAGAGAAAGGUUACACUACCAUUAA